CAUUUAAGUUCAGGAGCAAAGGCAAGUUAGUUGAGUUGGCAAUCGGCAUCCUUAGUUUUCCUAGUUAGCAUAUUCUAACUCUCCUCGAGUGACUCCAGAGUCCUUCAGUAAUAAAACAAAAAAUGGCCCCGGAAGUACCUCUUGAUGUUUUUGCUUCCACUGGUAAGGUCCCUAAACUCGACUCAAAAAAGGCAUUUGUGACUUUUUUAGCAGGUACUGGUGACUAUGUUAAGGGUGUGGUUGGAUUGGUUAAGGGUUUGAGAAAUGUUAAGAGUGCCUACCCUCUAGUGGUUGCAAUCUUGCCUGACGUGCCUGAAGAGCAUAGAGAAAUAUUGAGGUCUCAAGGUUGCAUUGUUCGAGAAAUCGAACCUAUUUACCCACCUCAGAAUCAAAUUCAAUUUGCCAUGGCUUACUAUGUCAUCAACUACUCCAAACUGCGUAUAUGGAAUUUUGUCGAGUACAGCAAAAUGGUGUAUGUCGAUGCAGACAUUCAAGUUUAUGAAAACAUUGACCAUUUGUUGGACACCCCAGAUGGAUAUUUCUAUGCUGUAAUGGAUUGCUUCUGUGAGAAAACAUGGAGUCAUUCCAAACAAUAUUCAAUUGGGUACUGCCAACAGUGCCCUAAUAAGGUUAAUUGGCCUGCUGAUGAACUGGGUUCCCCUCCUCCACUCUAUUUCAAUGCUGGAUUUUUUGUGUAUGAGCCUAGCAAAGUAACUUAUGAAAAUCUGCUUCAAACUCUCCAAGUCACUCCACCAACACCAUUUGCUGAGCAGGAUUUCUUAAACAAGUUCUUUGAAAAAGUCUACAAGCCUAUCCCUCUGAUAUACAACCUGGUUCUGGCAAUGCUGUGGCAACACCCAGAGAACGUUGAACUCAAAAAAGUUAAAGUUGUUCACUACUGUGCUGCUGGAUCGAAGCCAUGGAGGUAUACCGGUGUUGAAGCAAACAUGCAGAGAGAAGACAUUAAGAUGCUAGUGAAGAAAUGGUGGGAUAUAUAUAAUGAUGCUUCACUUGAUUUUAAGGCUGAAGAGACUACAGAAGAAGGGACUAUCUCAAAAUCAUCAAUCUUGGCUUCUUUGCCUGAGCCUGCAGUUUCCUACAUUCCUGCUCCUUCGGCUGCUUAGAAAUAAGCAAUUAUCUCUUCAAAUUAAGUUGGUUUGGACUUUUAUUACAUACUGCGAUUACAUAAGUAUAUUUUGUAGGCUACUUGGUCUAUCUUUUGGUGUGUAACUGAAGAGUGCACACAGUUUGAUAUGUAAGCAAAUGUGCCUGGCACUACAGAAAUGUGUUACUUUUCUUCUACAAUUAUUAUGAAAUCUAUUUUAAACAAA